AUGAACGAAAUUGUGCAAUUGGGGACGUUAUCCCGAUCGAAGCUACCGAUCACCACGUACGAUAAGGCGUCAUCGUACUUUGAAGCCCUCGCUGAGCUCCACAUUUCACACCUCAGAAGCCAAAGGAACGAAGCGGAUAUCGAAGAGGACGUCACGACGGAUAUCUUGGCGGAUGAAUUUCGGCGCAAAUUCGUGGCUAGGUUUCUCUUCCGCAAAAUUGCUCGAGAUCAGGAGCAGAAACAGCAAUGGAUAUUACAUGAUGAUGGCCCAUUUCCUGUUUGGUAUGACGACUUUCGACCAGAAAAUGUUCUAGUUGAUGAAGCGGAAAGCAUCGUCGGAGUGGUGGAUUGGGAGUUUACAUAUACCGCCCCAGCCGAAUUUACUCAUGCGCCACCCUGGUGGCUUCUUCUCAAAAAGCCAGAAGAUUGGCUUAAAGGCCUUGAUGAGUGGUCCAUGGAAUAUGAGAAACCGCUUCAGAUCUUUCUUGAGGCAAUGCGGAAAGCCGAAGACGAGGCAAUCCAAAACAAAUGA